AUGCCCCUCCCGCAUCUCCCCACCGAAAUCCUCGAGCAAAUCCUCACCCACGCCGUCAUCGUGCGCGGCCUCAAGCGUGCCUUGCGUCUACGCCUGGUGAGCCGCAUCUGGUCCGUCGACAUCCUCAACGUCAUCUUCGUCGCCGGCCUGCCCGACAACACCUACUGGCUGGGCCGUCUGGACAGACCCGACGGAUCCGCCCAGCUUUUCUGGCAGCGCUACCUCGCCUGGCGCAUCGACCACGCCGUCCGCGGCGAAGUGGAGCCCCUGGGACCCUUGACCGGCGGGCCGAGGCCAGAGCGAGCAUGCGACUGGGGUUUGCGCCACCUUCGGCGCCCGCCGGCCACCAGGCGUCUGCGCAUGAUGAGGCGCGUCGCGGAGCGCAUCGUCGAGUUGCGGAUGCGGUUGCGGGCCGCCGACGGCGCCGUUGCUUCUGCACUUGGCGGCGAGGAUGAGCUGCAUGACGUCAUCUUUCGGCUUUCCAGAUUGCCGCUCAUGGACAUAUCUUCGUUCAAUACGCAUUUCCGUGACACCUUUUUUGCCGAGUUUACUGUUGACGAGGGAGACCGGGAGAGGCUGGAGAGGGACGAGGAGGCCACCAGGGGGUUUCGCGAAACUGUGCUGAGCGCUGCUGCUUACCUGGACGAGCUCGAAAUUGUCCAGGUGCUUGUGCGUGACAGUCUGAACGACAACAAACCACUGUCCUCGCGCCGCCCAAGCUGCCCCUUCUUUGCCCCUCUCGACGCGGCAGCUUUUGGAGGAAGUUGCCGAUGCGUCAUAUUUCUUACCUCACUGCCACAGGAACCGGGCAGAAGCAUGUACAAGCUACGUAGCAGAGCCAUCCAGUGCGCAGGAAGCUGCGUGUUUCCACAGGGCGCACGUGAUGUUAUGGAGUUUGGUCUCAGCACUGAACAACUUCACCAAGGCCCGGCACCAACCGGCCCUUGGGACGCUGGUAGCGAUCCCACAAGUGGCUGGAUGCGAAUUCUGGUGCACGACUGCAUGCGUCGGACGACCGAUGUUCAAGUAUAUAGGAGAUGCUACGAGAUAGUAGGUCACUCCCUCCUACCUAGUCAAGAGCCCAUUGCGGGCCUUACAAAAGAGGCCUGGUUGCUACGCAAGUGGUUCCCGUCUCAGCUGGACAUUGCUGCCAGGCGUGGGUGUGUCGAAAUUAUGGAGUUUCUAUUCGACAGAUAUGCGAUCGAGGCCCUGCCCGCCAUAGCGUUGAGCAAUGACAAACUCGCCAAUGACGAGGCGAAAGAGUUUGAGCACCCUGAGAAUAGAAAUAUCCCUGAAGCGCUGCCUAUGGAUAGGAAUGGGGACGAAUGUGACCCGGUCAACAUGCUCUCAAAGUUUCGCAGCCCGCUUUCCGUGGCCGCCUUGGACGGUAAUCACGCCUCUGUCAACUUUCUGCUAUCUCACGGCGUCUCCAAACCCGAUCGGGUAUUGGUAGCGGCAGCAAGUAGUGGCUCAAAAAAGCUGGUUGAAACCAUAGUCGACUUUUUCGCCAAGCAAGACGACAAGCAACAAGACCUGGAGACUAUUCACGGCGAGGAGACGGUUCAAGAUGCACUAGCCUUGGCAGUGUUCCGAGAGGAUGAUGCCAUGGUCCGUCUACUGUACGACCUAGGAGCGAGGUUCGACCGCACCACCUGGGAGACUUUGCGCAAGGAAACAAAAAGACUGAGCCUGGAAAGCAUGGAUCAACUGCUUCAAGAUCUAGGACAACCUUCCAAGGGUGAAGAUGCAUGGGCUCGACAUUGCUCAAACGGCGAGCAAGUGGUUCGCAAGGCAAUUAUCUCAUUCUCUCUGCGCCUAGUAGACUGA